CAGUGCGACCCUGUCAUAGCUUCGUGGAAAAUGUGAACGUCUCGCCUGUGUCGCAGACGGCUCAACGUUAGUGGCACAGUCACUUACCAAGUUGUGUCUUAGUCCCCAAGAUAACUGCUUCAACGUCAUAUCAUCUCGAGUGCCAAGUCGGAGCACAGGAGGGCAUCGUACGGAGUAAGUCCAUCUACUUCUGUACCUGUACAAGUGUCAUCACCGCAAGAGCGUCCGAUAAAGACCCACUUCAACGUGCCGAUAUCUGCGAGAGCUGGCGGGGCACGUGUGUCACUCGAGGUGUUUUCGUCCGCUCUAUGGAAGACAGUGACCUGGUUUUGCGUGUUCUUGAACCAUAUUUGUAUCUCCCGCGUCCUCGAGCCGAAAGGACUUUCUGGUUCACGCUCCUUCAUAUGCCUCCGCUGCGCGUCUUCUUCUGUGCAUUCCGUAAAUGAAGUCAUAUCAAGCACGAGGACACAAGGUCAUCACACACUAGGCACUCCUUCGUUGCAUCGAAUUCCUACCCAGCGCUACGGUGUGCACCAAGUAGUGAACCAAUGGCGCUGACUUUGGACUCCUUGAAGAGCGACCCAUCGUUCGGGCUGGACUCAAGACGCAGCUGGGUGACGGCGGCAUUCCUGAGCAUAUCAUUGACUAUGGCGCUGAUUGCGCAUCAUUCGGUGGGUGUGCUGUAUUUUGGCAUCGUUCAGACAUACGAUGUGAGCAGGCAGGAAGCGUCGUGGCCACUUGUGCUGUCCCACACUCUGGCUUUCUUGGCAGGUCCGGUCAUGGGGUAUCUCUGCGGCCGAUGCUCCUGUCAAGUGGUGUUGCUCGUGUCGAGCUUAACGGCAGGCGUUUCCGCCUGCGCUUGCUUCAUCGCUGAAAGCAUAUUCGCUUUAAGUAUCCUGUUUGGAAUUGUCCACGGAACAGCGGUGUGUGGCGUUCACGUUGCCGUUACCGUCAUCGUGUCCCAGCACUUCGAGAAACGCCGUGCAACAGCGUGCAGCGUAAUUUACACGGCCAUGUGUAUCAACAGCGUGUACCUGCCGCCCUUGGCUGAGCUACUUCGAGUAACUUACGGGGUCCACGGCACCUUCCUUCUACUCGGUGGCAUGGUCCUAAACUCAUUUCCUCCCGUUCUCGCCGUCCAAAGUCCCGAGUGGACAAAAUCGAAAAAGCAUGCUGUUGGCGACACGGGGCACAUUCUUAUCAAGGACAAUGGGAAGAAUCCGAACAAUCUUCUCCUACCUGCAGCUGAGACGGGCAAUGGGUGCUUUCCCAACGACGCCGAAAUGCCGAACGGCAAAGCGCACCAAACAAAGUUCGCUGAACUACCACUCCAUCAGAACGACGACUUCGGCCUCAAGACCAUCCCGUUGCUCUCGUCAAAAAAGAAAUCAGUGGGCAAGGACAAUGCAGCCAACCCAAGUUUUACUCUGAUUGUGAGACAAUUCGCCAGCGUGCCAUUCGCCGUCACUGCGAUAUCCUUCGCUGUCAUCGCGCUAGGAAUGUCGACAUUUAUUUUGCUUUCUGUGGACGUUGCCGUGGACCGAGGAAUCCCUUCAUCCAGCGGCGUCUUUCUCCUGAACGCCUUCGCGGUGACAGACAUUGUGGCGCGGCCGCUAAGUGGCCUGAUAAUCGACUCUGGUUUCUUAUCACUAGAGAGCGUUAUGCUGAUCGGAUACAUUCUCCAAUUCUUGGCGCUAGAACUCUUCGUGUGGUUAGAGCAUUUCCCGCUUAUGCUGGCUUCCUCUGCGCUAUUUGGUGUCAGUAAUGGACUGAGGGUCACUCUGCUGGCGCCUUUUAUCGUUAAAGACUUUGGAAUCGAAAGAAUGCCACUCCUGCUUGGUGGAGUGUCCUUCUGGAGUGGCGUCGUCCUGCUCACAAGACCAUUUCUGGUUGGUUACUGGAGAGACCACCUGGGAUCCUACGACGGCCUACUUCAUUUCGUGGCUAUACUAAACGCUGUCGUUGCGGUCAUGUGGAUGGCGAAGCUUUACUUGCUGAGACGACGAAAACGGCUCAUAUAGGAAAAUAAAAACAUGUAUUUA